AUGGAGCCCGCGGAGAUGGACCGCAUCGCCGCCCGGCUCUCCGCCGUGGAUGGCCUCUACUUCCCCACGGCCUUCCUCCGCGCCUCGCCGCCGCCGCCGGCGCGCAAGUCGGCCCUCCUCGACCUCCUCUCCCGCGACGCCCCGCUCUUCCUCGAGCGGUACGGCGCCGCGCUGCGCCCGGACGAGCUGGCCCCCUUCGACGCGCUCCGGGACGACUACGAGGUGGGGUGGCACCUCCGCCGCGUCCGCGCCGCGGCCGCCGGGGAGACCCCCGCCCCCGCGCGCGUGCGCAACCGGCGCCGCGCCUACCUCCACCGCCUGGUGACCCAGGGGGACUACUUCUCCGAGGAGGCGAUGCGGGAGCGGGAGCCGUACCUGCACCACGAGUACCUCGGCAGGUUCCAGGACCCCUUCGGGCGGGCCAUGGUGCGGCCCGGGGAGAAGUUCUCCGAGACGCUGAUGCGGCGGGCAGAGGAGGCCGUCAUCGUGGAGAAGAUCCGCGGGGAGCAGAUCAGGAGGGGUGUUGACCCCAGCGAGUGGGUCGGCGGUCCCGUUGAGCGACCGGUGAUGGGGCAGGAGGAGGAGGAGGAGGAGGAGGAGGAGGAGGAGGAAGAGGAAGAGGAAGAAGAGGAUGAAGAGAACAUCGGCAUGGAGGAGAACACCGAGAAUCUUAGUUCGACUGAGGUGGUUGCACACGACGAUAACGGUGGUUGCCCCAACGAGACUGCAGCCCCCCCUGCAGGGACUUUCAAGCCAAUAUUAUCCCCUGAGGAGAUGGAGGAUCAGCUGGAGCAGUUCACCUCGGUGAUGCAGGAGAAGUUCCUGUCAGGCCAGGACUCGGAGCACAUGGAUUACCCCCAGAUCGACAACGACGAGAUGCUGGACGACCACUGGUCCAGGGAGGCCAACUACGACGCAGAGGACAAGUACUUCAACGAAGAUUAG